UCAAUUAUAAAUGAACACUCUCCAAUUAGGAGGCUGUUAAUAGUUAGAGCUACAUGUGAUAGACCAUCAGCAAUGAACAACAGUGGAGGUGACGGAAAGACCAGGGGGUUCGGCUUCUCUGGAUUCAGCAUCAAUAAGUCUGAUGGUGGCAGUGUAGGUGGUGAUGGAAUUUCCCGCAUGGGUAGCUCGGGAGGUUCACGAGCAAUGCCUGGUCGUACAGCAGGGUACAAACUCAAAUUUGGUCGAUCCCGAGUUGCAGAUGAUGAUGACUAUUUUGAUGAUGACCAUGAUGAAGGAAACGCUGAUUACCUGCCAGCGCCGGGCAGCCCAGGGGCAGAGGGUAGAAAGGGUGAUGAUAGCGAUAGUGACGACCCUCUUGAUGCUUUUAUGGCUGACAUUGAGAAAAAGGUUCAAGAUGACUGCAAACCUAAGAAAGUGAAGAAAAAAGAAGAAAAGGGUGUGAGAGAUGACAUUGAACAGGAAGACGUAGAGGAGGCAUACUACCGCUAUAUGGAGGAAAAUCCAAUGGCGGGAAUUCAGGCUGACGAGGCAGAGGAUCUCAAUGUGGAGUACGACAACGAGGGAAACAUCAUAUAUGUAGAGAAAAAUAAGAUCAUAGAGCCCCUACCCCCUAUAGAUCACUCAGACAUUGAUUAUGGGCCAUUUGAGAGAAACUUUUACGAAGAACAUCCGGACAUUGCAAAACUCUCGGAGCAAAACUUGGUGGAACUUCGUGAGAAACUUGGCAUCAGGGUAUCUGGGCUAGCCCCACCCAAGCCUGUCUGCAGUUUUGCACAUUUUGGGUUUGAUGAUGCCUUGCUUGAUGCCAUUAGAAAGUCGGAAUACUCAAAACCCACACCUAUACAGGCACAGGGCAUACCAAUAGCUUUGUCAGGUCGAGACAUUAUUGGUAUUGCGAAGACGGGUAGUGGUAAAACUGCGGCCUUUCUUUGGCCUCUGCUCAUGCACAUAAUGGCUCAGAGAGAGUUGGAGAAAGGAGAUGGCCCAAUAGGCCUGAUUCUGGCCCCAACUAGGGAACUUUCACAACAGAUUUACCAAGAAUGUAGAAGGUUCGGGAAAGUAUACAACAUUCAAACUGUGUGUGCUUAUGGAGGGGGGAGUAUGUGGGAACAGCAGAAGGCUUGCCAAGAGGGAGCAGAGAUCAUAGUUGCCACCCCCGGUCGUUUGAUAGAUCUGGUAAAGAAAAAAGCAACAAACCUGAAGCGUGUCACAUAUCUUGUGUAUGACGAAGCUGACCGCAUGUUUGAUAUGGGAUUUGAGCCACAGGUUCGGUCCAUAGCUAACCAUGUGAGGCCUUCCAGACAAACUCUGUUGUUCAGCGCGACUUUCCGGCGAAAGGUUGAAAAACUGGCCCGCGAUAUUCUAGCAGACCCCGUCAGAGUUGUACAAGGGGAGGCCGGAGUGGCCAAUGAGGACGUGACACAGAUAGUUGAGAUCCUACCACCCGGGCCGGCCAAGUGGACCUGGCUAGUUAAACGACUGGUGGAGAUGUCCACAUUGGGCAGUGUACUCAUCUUUGUGACAAGGAAAGCUAACUCAGAAGAGCUUGCCGCAAACCUGCGCAGCAGAGAUUUUAAAGCGUUGCUGUUACAUGGAGAUAUGAGUCAGAUGGAAAGGAAUGAAGUUAUCCACGCCUUUAAGAAGAAAGAAGUCCCCAUACUUGUGGCCACUGAUGUAGCAGCGCGUGGUCUGGACAUCCCAUCAAUUAAGACAGUUGUGAAUUAUGAUGUGGCCCGUGACAUUGACACACAUACACACAGGGUUGGCAGAACGGGUCGUGCAGGAGAAAAGGGUUUUGCAUUUACGCUUGUCACAGAGAAAGAUAAGGAAUUUGCAGGGGCACUUGUGCGGAACCUUGAAGAUGCAAAUCAGAAUGUGCCACAGCCCCUAAUUGACCUUGCCAUGCAGUGCCCAUGGUUUAGAGGGACCCGUAUUAAACAGAGCAAGGGGAAGCGACUCAUGUCCGUACCUGGAGGCUCUAUUGGACAGAAGGAGAGGCCCGGCUUAGGGGCAGACACUAGCACAAAGGUCCAAGAUUCGACAAGUUUCAGCUCCUAUAGGGCGGGCGCAGUUCUCGGGAGAGGGCCUCAGUCGGAUAGAAUGUCUGCUAUGAAAAGUGCUUUCACUUCUCAGUACAAGUCAAACUUUAUAGCAGCGACCGAUUCUGCACCUAAAACCAUCCCAGUUGGCAUACACGAGCCAGAGAAUCCAAACCCUCAUCCAGAUAAUGCUAAUAAAAGGCGGAAAAAGUCGAGAUGGGACUAAAAAAAGACUGAUAUAUUUUCUGUUUAUGAUCAUGUUCAUUGUAUUUAUUCAUUUUCAUUUAAAGGUUUUGCAAGUUGAUCUAUUCUACAAUAGGAAUUAUGUUGAAUCAGGCUCUCCAGUGUUUCAAGAUUUCCCUUCAUUUCACAAAGGCCUCCUGUUUUUGCCAACUUCUGGUUAAAUUUUACAAUUAUUCCUACGUAUUAUUUGAAAAAUACUGAUUUAGAGUUCAGUUUUUGUCCUUGUUUUUUAAUUUUGUUCAUUGUUCAUUACCUCGUAAGACCAUAGUUGAGCUUAUUAGUCAGUUGAAACACUGCUGAUCCAGGUUGGCUUAAUGGCUAUAAACUUAUUAACAACCUGCAACUGUUGUUAAAGCUUAGUUUCAUCACAGGUUUGAUGAAACAGGUAUCAUACAUUAAAAAAUGUUUGUUAAGGUUGAAAAUUGUUCUAAAUUGAUGGACUAAAUUCCUUAUUUUCCCAAUUUUUAACACCAAAAAUUCCUGCUUUCUCUCAUUUAGUCAUUAAAACUCCUAUUUUAUUUGGAUGUUUGUAUUUAAAAUUGCUGGAGGGCCUGAAUAUGUUUAUCUAGAAUUGGUGAAAAUAAACAUUUUUAAAAUGGUU